AUGUCAGCCUUAGUACCUAGUGAUGCCGUAGCGUUGUUGUACCGACGCUACCUCAAGGCGUCGAACCGCAUCCCCAACGUCACUAUUCGCAUGUUACUUAUUCAGCAGAUUAGAAGUGGUUUCCGUCGCAAUCGAACCAUUCAAAGCGCCUCUGCACAGCGUGAGUUGAUCAAUCAAGCGCUAAAAGAUCUCAAUAUCCUGGAGGAUGAGCGCCUAUCGCGGACAUUGUAUAUUAAUCGUCUUGGACUUGUUUCCUGUUUAGAUUGGGAAGUGCGGCGAACAGAAUACAACUUUGCACCCGAAACUCAUUAUAUAUGGUCAACUGUGCUGACUCUUGCCUUUACAAUUUUUGCUAUUAUGAUAUUCAAUAGCAAGGGCAUUGAGGAGCACCGCCCUGACAUCGCUGACAUGGUGGACCUCAUGGCAAUGCGACUGGAGGGUGAUUCCCUGGAAGAACUCAAGGCAUUGCGUGAGCAGCAGAUUCGUAAUAGCCUCGAAACACGGGAGCGCCAGCUCUCCUUAGAGCAGCGAGUUCUAGCGACAUUUCACGAAGCACCGAAUAUAAGGCCACAGUCGCUCCGUAAGCCUGACGCCAUUUAGACAAGUAACGAGGAAGUGCGAUGCUGUUGCAUGGGGAUUAUAAACCCCAUAAAGCUACAACAAA